CUUUGUCUGUCGCUGCAGCUGGAGCUCCAGGUCGUGUUUUCAUUGCUCUGUGUCUUCUGCUCCUAGAGGCCCUGUGUCCUGCAGGUAUUGGGAGAUCCACAGCUAAGAUGCCAGGACCCCCUGGAAACCUAGAAAUGAGGCCAUUGCAAUUUAGAGAUGUGGCCAUAGAAUUCUCUCUGGAGGAGUGGCAUUGCCUGGACAUGGCACAGCGGAAUUUAUAUAGAAAUGUGAUGUUGGAGAACUACAGAAACCUGGUCUUUCUUGGUAUUUUUGUCUCAAAGCCAGACCUCAUCACCCAUCUGGAGCAAGAAAAACUUUCGACUAUGAAGAGACAUGAGAUGGUAGCCAACCUCUCAGUUUUGUAUUCUCAUUUUAACCAAGACCUUUGGUCAGAGCAGAACAUAAAAGAUUGUUUCCAAAAACUGAUACUGAGAAGACAUAAAAAAUGUGGACAUGAUAAUUUACAGUUAAAAAAAGGCUGUGAAAGUGUGGAUGAAUGUAAGGUGCACAAAAGAGGUUAUAAUGGACUUAACCAAUGUUUGACAACUACCCAAAGCAAAAUGUUUCAAUGUGAUAAAUAUGGGAAAGUCUUUCAUCAAUUUUCAAAUACAAACAGACAUAAGAUAAGACAUACUGGAAAAAAAGCUUUCAAAUUUAUAGAAUGUGGCAAAGUUUUUAACCAGUCCUCAACCCUUACUACACAUAAGAAAAUUCAUACUGGAGAGAAACCCUAUAAAUGUAUAGAAUGUGGCAAAGCCUUCAACCGGUCCUCACACCUUACUACACAUAAGAUAAUUCACACCGGAGAGAAACGGUACAAAUGUGAAGACUGUGGCAAAGCCUUUAACCACUCCUCUAACCUUACUACACAUAAGAAAAUUCAUACUGGAGAGAAACCCUACAAAUGUGAAGAAUGUGGCAAGGCCUUUAAGCGCUCCUCUAUCCUUACUACACAUAAGAGAAUUCAUACUGGAGAGAAACCCUACAAAUGUGAAGAAUGUGGCAAAGCCUUUAAGUACCUUUCUUCCCUUUCUACACAUAAGAUAAUUCAUACCGGAGAGAAACCCUACAAAUGUGAAGAAUGUGGCAAAGCCUUCAACUGGUCCUCACACCUUACUACACAUAAGAGAAUUCAUACUGGAGAGAAACCCUACAAAUGUGAAGAAUGUGGUAAAGCCUUCAGUAGGUCUUCUAUUCUUACUGCACAUAAGAUAAUUCAUACUGGAGAGAAACCCUAUGAAUGUGAAGACUGUGGCAAAGCCUUUAACUGCUCCUCUAAACUUACUAAACACAAGAAAAUUCAUACUGGAGAGAAGCCUUACAAAUGUGAAGAAUGUGGCAAUGCCUUUAAGUGCUCCUCUAUUCUUACUACACAUAAGAUAAUUCAUACUGCAGAUAAACCCUACAAAUGUGAAGAAUGUGGCAAAGACUUUAAGUACUCCUCUACCCUUACUAGACAUAAGAGAAUUCAUACUGGAGAGAAACCCUACAAAUGUGGAGAAUGUGGCAAAGCUUUUAAUCAUCCUGCAACACUUUUUUCACAUAAGAAAAUUCAUACUGGAGGGAAACCACACAAGUGCGAUAAAUGUGGCAAAGCCUUUAUUUCAUCCUCAAACCUUAGUAGACAUGAGAUAAUUCAUAUGGGAGGGAAUCCCUACAAAUGUGAAAAUGUAGCAAAGUCUUAAACACUCCUCUACCCUUACGAGAUAUAAGAUAAUUCAUACUGGAGAGAAACCCUAUGAGUUUGAUGAAUGUGGGAAAGCCUUUAACCAGCUAUCAACUUUUACUAAAUAUGAGAAUUUAUGG